AUGGCGGGACACGCUUCUUCUUCCUCGACCCUCCAAAUAAUCGGAGAGGACGAUGAACUAGUCCUCGACGGGUCGGAAUCGGGCUGGGUCGAGGCCCGAACACACUGCGAUCAUCUCGGUUCGUUAUCGUCCGAUCUGAUUCACAUCCCAACCCCCGACACCCCUUGCAACAGUUGUCAGCAUCCGGACGAGAACUGGCUGUGCCUGUGCUGCAAAGACGUUUUGUGCAGCCGGUUUGUGAACAAGCACAUGUUAGAGCAUUAUCAACAGAAACAACACAACUUGGCCUUGAGCUUCAGUGAUCUCUCCGUGUGGUGCUUCUCGUGUGAUGCUUACCUUGAUGCCCAAGUCAUGCUCCCGUUACGGCCUGCUUACGAAACCGCCUAUAUAUUGAAGUUUGGAAAUGCCCCACCUGCUCGGGGGAAUUGA